CACAGAUCUACUAGACGAAAACUCCCCGCUGUUACUAUUUCAUUACGACUACAAUGAGCCCCAAGGGGAAACUGACACUGAUUCGGACGCAAGCGAUGAGGAUGGACCUAUGGAGGAUGAACAGGAUGAUGGUGGAUGCCAAGAGAGCUAUGGCACUGGCAACGGUGAUGAUGAGGAUGAGGAUGAGGAUGAAGUUGCUCACAAGACAAAUGACGAGGAUGAGGAUGAAGUUGCUCACAAGACAAAUGACGAGGAUGAGGAUGAAGUUGCUCACAAGACAAAUGAUGCAUUCUUGUUUUACAGUAUAACCAGAAGAAAUUUGCAAAGCAGAAGAGUAGAUAAUUUGGAGAGCCACUUUUAUUGGAUAACACCACAAGGUUGGCUGCUCAUGUUGCACCAUGAUUCACAUGCGACCUAUCUAUGGAAUCCAUUCACACGCCAGAGAAUUAGCCUGCCUCCGGAUCAAGAGGAAUUCCUCACAAAGAGCACCACCAGAUGUUUGCUAUCGCAUAAGCCCACCGACCCGAGCUGCACCGUGCUAGUGGUGAAUUGCAAAGACACGGUGUUGUGGUAUUGCCGCCCUGAAGGAGAUCGCUGGAACAAGCACACGUACGAAUCAAGGACGCUAGGGGGAAGUCGUGAUGACGUCAUUGGAGGGAUGGAGGAUCUAACGGCAGUUGGGGGCGAAUUCCAUACAUACUUCACAACAUAUGACACUUAUAGUGUUGUGAUACUCAAGUUCUUGCCGGGUCCGACAUUCACACAAAUUCCGAUUAGUGAUAAACGUGGUCAUGAGUACCCCUGGCCCUGGAUGCGUAGUUUCUUGUUAGAAUCAUGCGGACAGUUGUUUAGCUUAGAUUUUGCUCAGGCGUGUCACAUGGGUAAAGUUGUGCAUGUUGAUGUUCGUAGGCUGGAUAUGGCACAAAGGGCCUGGCUGAAAGUGGAAACGCUCGACGAUAGAGUGUUCUUUGUCAAUUAUAGGUAUUUUGGGGCAUCACUAAGCGCACAAGAGGUGGGUUUGAAGGGAAACUGCAUUUACUUCUUGAGAGGAGGUGACAAAGGAUUGUAUGUGUACGAUAUGGCGCGGGGAACUACUACUUUGCACAAUCCGGGUCAAGAAUUGCAAGAUGAUGUGGAGCCUGAAAUGUUGAUGCCUACGUCAUCUUGAAUCUUUUUUUUGUUAAUUAUAUAUACAUUUUUUCACUUUUACAUACGAUAUAGUGGAUGAAAGGAUGUGUUGACCACAUUGUAAAUUAAUUAG